CAAAGAUGGCCCUCCAUGUUGUCCCAAAAUUUUGACGUUUGGCAAACUUCCGCUGAUCUGUCUUUUUUCCCUUGAAUUCGGUGAACUCUGAAGGCAAAAUGUCUCUCGUUAUUCCUGAGAAGUUUCAGCACAUCCUUCGUAUCAUGAAUACGAACAUUGAUGGUAAACGUAAGGUGACCAUCGCCAUGACUGCCAUCAAGGGUGUUGGUCGUCGUUAUGCCAACAUUGUACUCAAGAAGGCCGACGUUGAUCUCACCAAGCGCGCCGGAGAGUGCUCAGAUGAAGAGGUCGACAAAAUUGUCACCAUCAUCCAAAACCCAAGGCACUACAAAAUCCCCAACUGGUUCCUCAACAGACAAAAGGAUGUUGUCGAUGGCAAGUACCAGCAAUACACUUCCUCGUCAUUGGACUCAAAACUCCGUGAUGAUUUGGAGCGUUUGAAGAAGAUUCGUGCCCAUCGUGGUAUGCGUCAUUACUGGGGUCUCCGUGUUCGUGGUCAACACACAAAGACAACUGGUCGUCGUGGUCGCACUGUUGGUGUGUCCAAGAAGAAGUAAACAUGAUGUGAAAUGGCUUUGAAUAUCCUUAGUCGUUAAGUUGACGCACACAGAAUGUGUGUUUUUUUUAAGAAAAUAAAAAAAGAUUGAAUUCCAUAAACAAA